UGCAAUUCUUCAUUCAGCUCUGAAGUAAAGAAUUCACAAUGCCUUCCACUGGAAUGACCUGCAUUAAGUAUUUGCUGCACUUGUUCACACUCAUUAUUGGGCUGUCUGGUCUGGCAAUCUUGGCUGUAAGCUACUUAAUAUGGCGCGAGUAUUACAAGUAUGCAGAAUUCAUAGACCUCAAGGUAUAUUCUCCUCCAAUCGUUUUGAUGAUCGCUGGCUCUGUUGUCUUCAUCCUCGCCUUUGUUGGAUGGUGUGGAACAAUCAGAGAUAGUCACUGCCUGCUGACUUUGUUUGCUUCUCUUAUAUUCAUUGUCUUCUUUUUGGAAAUUGCUAUUGGAGUCCUAGGCUACAUUGAGCGUGAGAAUGUAAACCAGAUGUCAGAAAAGAUUCUCAAUGGAACAAUUCCAAAGUAUUACACUGAUAAAAAAAUUCAAGAAACUUGGGAUAUUAUUCAGACAGAUGGAGGCUGUUGCGGAGUGAACUCAUACAAUGAUUGGAAGGAUACCUCAGGGUUACCACACUCCUGUUGCAAAGAUUUGGAAAUGACUGCUACAUGCACAGUUGACUACAUCAAGGCGAAAAAGAUUCCUGGAUGUUUGCCAUUCCUUCGUGACUUCAUGAAAUCAAAUAUCCUGAUUAUUGGUGGAGUGUGCGUCAGUGUUGCUCUGUUGCAGUUAAUUGGCAUCUUAUUUGCCUGCAAUUUGGCUCGUAUGAUCCGUCAUGAGUAUGAAACAGUGUAAAUCACCACUCCAGCAAUAUGAAUUCCACUUUUUUCAAUGAGUAGCUGUAUAUUGUUCUUUAUUAAGUAUACGCGGUUACAAAAAAACUUCAAUUUUAUGUUAUUUGUAGAGGCCUGAGAGUCGCUUCAACUAUUUUUGCAUGUAAAUGUAACAGUAGCCAGGUCACUAAAUUUACUCAAUGCACCUCAAUUUGAGGCACCUUGAAGCAAAGUCCCAGAAACCUAAUUUUUCUUAAAAUGCUAAAAACUGCCGUAUCCACAUCAAACAUGGUACAUAAGCACUUCUCUCCAUCUUUUAUUUAUUUAUUUUUACAUUUCAUUAAUUAAAUCCCAGCCAUUGGUAUGGUUUAGUAAAUUAAAACAAAGUAAUAAUUAAUGGCCUGUUUUUUUUAUCUCUUCUUUUCCUAUUUGUUUGCACACAAUUUGGACUUUGCUCUUUUUCUUCUAACAAUUGUAGACUUGGCUGACUUCGCAGAAAUAGUUCGUAAGGAAAAUUGCAUUUAAAUCCUAUGCAUUAUUAUUCAAUAUUUAUUUUAGUAAGAUGAUUAUAAACCAAUGGUAAUUAAGUAAUCAAUUAUUUAGUAAGGAACAACACUAAAUUAGUCAGUUACCAAAGAUGCAAGAAAAUGCACAGAAGACGAUAGCAUGACCUCAUACACCUUAGACGUAUUUAAAUCAGCAUUUGAUAUGAAAAUUCAUCGGAUGGUUUGAGGAAAAUAUGAAUCUGCUCAGUUUGUUCCUGUCAAAAUAUUAAAAUCUGGUGUUAUAAUAAUAUUCAAUCACACGUGUCCACAAGGCAGAGCUGAUUUUGUUCGGAAUGAAGUGACACUUUGAUUCAGCCUCAAAAAUAGAAUACAAAUCUGCGGCAAUCUCAUUUAUCUUUGAAAACGAACUUUACUCGAUUUUAUUUUAGAUACUUUUUAUUGACAGGACUUCUGGAAAAAUCACUAACAUCGAUGGUCAAACACAUUCUGUAUUUUUUCUUGUAUUAAAGUUUGUUUUUUCUUUUUUUUUUUUGCAUAAAAAAUCUUGAUCUCGCACUCCUACACCUUGCAGAACUUGAAUUGCAAAUUCCAUUAAUUAUUUUCGGACUGAUAAAUCCAAACCAAA